UCUUGGUGUCGCCUCUGUCCGUCGGUGGGUCUCUGGACGCCACUGGCGCGUGGGCUCCCGGCUCCUAGAUCUCACGGGCCGCAGAAGGCAUGGUAGGCUCCUCUCUGCCUCAAUUGUUCCAUCUUCCCUGGAGACAUGUCCCUGAGGGGUGCAAGGAGCCCAGUGCCCUGCAAUGUCAGUAGUGCCUGGGGGCUAAAUUUUGAUCCUAAGGACUUGAACCUGACUGACCAGGAGCUCAGACUCAAGUACCUGGGGUCCCAGCAGACAGAGCUGUUCAUGCCCAUCUGUGUCAUUUACCUGCUGAUCUUCGUGGUGGGCACGGUGGGCAACGGGCUGACCUGCAUGGUCAUCCUGCACCACAAGGCCAUGCGCACGCCCACCAACUACUACCUCUUCAGCCUCGCCGUGUCAGACCUGCUGGUGCUGCUGGUGGGCCUGCCGCUGGAGCUCUAUGAGAUGUGGUGUAACUACCCCUUCCUGCUGGGCGCAGGGGGCUGCUACUUCCGCACGCUGCUCUUUGAGACAGUUUGCCUGGCCUCUGUGCUCAAUGUCACCGCCCUGAGCGUGGAACGCUACAUGGCUGUGGUGCACCCGCUGCAGGCCAGGUCCAUGGUGACUGGGGCCCACGUGCGACGAGUGCUCGGGGUCAUCUGGGGCCUUGCUGUGCUCUGCUCUCUGCCCAACACCAGCCUGCAUGGCAUCUGGCAGCUGGAGGUGCCCUGCCGGGGUACAGUGCCCGACUCGGCUAUGUGCAGGCUGGUCUACCCACAGGCUCUCUACAACUUGGUCAUGCAGAUCACCACUCUGCUCUUCUUCUGCCUGCCCAUGGCCACCAUCAGUGUGCUCUACCUGCUCAUUGGGCUGCGGCUGCGCCAUGAGAGGCUGCUGCUGCCCAGGCGGGCGGCCAGCGACAGACACAGUCUCCAGCGGCUGCAGGAUAGGGGUCGGACGCAGGUGACCAAGAUGCUGUUUGUGCUGGUCGUGGUGUUUGGAAUCUGCUGGGCCCCGUUCCACAUCGACCGCCUCAUGUGGAGCUUCGUGUCCCAAUGGACCGAUGGCCUGAACCUGGCCUACCAGUACGUGCACGUCGUCUCUGGCGUCUUCUUCUACCUCAGCUCGGCUGCCAAUCCUGUGCUCUACAGCCUCAUGUCCAGCCGCUUCCGGGAAACCUUCUGGGAAGCCCUGUGCUUAGGGACAAGGUGUCGCCGCCACAGACCUCACCACAGCUCCCACAGCCUCAGCAAGGUGACCACGGGCAGCACCCUGGGGGACAUGGUCUCCCUGGGCAGCAGGGCCCACGCUCUGGCUGAGAAUGGUGGCCCAGAGGGGCAGCAAGAGAGUGACCCCUCCUGAGAGGAGUCUUGAAGCAGCUUCACCUGGAGGAGCCAGGGGGUCAUGUGCAGCUUUGGGCGCCACACCUGCCCUCCUCUGCAGGGGUGUCUUCAUUGCCUAUUCCCCUUUUACUUCGUCCCCACUUCAGCCAUCUCAGUCACUCCUGCUCCCACCCUGUUCUGGAAGUGAUAUAAGGUUGCCGUCUGUCCUCCAGACCUUGAGUCCUUCCCUGCAGGAAUAUCGCUCUAGUUAACCGGCACAGCAAACCUCUAUCUGGGGACCCGCCACCAGUUUCUGAAAUGUUGUCAUGGGGCCCUGCCUUUCCUUCCUAUUUCUUGUCGAGCUUCUGCAGGUUCUGGCCCAUUCUGUCCCUCUAGCUCCUGGCCUGCACCUGGGACCCUCCUGUGACCUGACCCCUCCCUGCCCCCCAGCCAGCUUAUUCUGCUCUGGGAUCUCCACCUGGUGGUACUGCUGGUUCCAUUCUCAGCCUUGUUGUCACCUUGCUCUGUGGCAUCAAGCAAAUCACCUCACCUUUCCAGGCCUCGGUCCCCUAUUUGCAAAAUGAAAGGGGCCCUGACAUCUAAGUGUCACACUUUGGCACUUUAGCUGUGGUUUUCUGUGCGUGUGCAUAAGCCACUGCUAUAAUGAAACCAGCUGAUACCCUCAGAUUACCAAGGCGGAAAUUACUCUCUAUCUAUGCCCUCACCCCCCCAGCCCCUCCCCCUUCCUGACCUCCAUGUGCACUGCCCCCACUUCCCCCUUCUGGAGAUUGGUUGCACAGCAGUGUGAAAAUACUGAAACAAUAUUGAACUGUACGCUUAAAUGGCUGAGAUGGUAAAUUUUAUGUUAUGUGUAUUUUAUCACAAUUUUUUUUAAAAGAAAGGAUUAAAUAUAAAGGAAAAGAAAGAAAUUUUAAAAACCACCCUUAACAUUACUCUCCAGAGGUAACCACUGUAUAUAAGACAGGACAGGGGCUUCUUGGGAGAAAGGAGCUUGUGAGAAGAGGCUGUGCAGAGCUGUGAGUGCCCAAUGUCACCUCUGAAAUGAGCUCCCAGGCAGCCUUGGGGUGGCGUGCAGGGAGUGGCCAGACCCCAAGUCUGCAGUUCUUCCCAAAGACUAACUGGACUCCCAAGGGCCUCUCUUGAGUGAUAGACAGAGAUGACUUAUACUUCUGAGGAACUCUGGUCAGCCUGGAUUUACGAAGGGCCUACUAUGUGCAGAGAAGUGCCAGGCAGACCGGGGAAGGUGGAGGAUGUGAGUUAUCAGAAAGCACAUGUUCCUUAGUGUAAACUUGAUGUAUUUUCUCCAGUGUGUCCAUAGCAUGUCAGUGGAUAGGUCCCAUUUGUCACAGGUCACUGGUUACCCUGGAAAAUGGAAACAGCAGCUCUGGGCUCAGCCCUUGAGAAAAAUGCAUGAAAGUGGAAGGGCCAGCCAGCAAGAUUCCACUCUCUCCCGGAAGCAGCUUCCCCUGCAGCUGGCUCUUCUGCACUGCUCGGGGUGGGGCAGCAAACCCUGAGUCCCCAGUGCCGUUCCCAGCCCAGGAGUCAACAAGGCUUUGUAAGUGUCUGGCUCAUCUGGGGAUCCUGUCACCCACAGCCCUCCUCCUCCUCCCAUGUUCAAGAGUUUGGACCCUCUCCGCUUCCUGUCUGCUCCACUCCUGCCAU